AUGUCUGGAUGUCGCAGUGCUGAGCUCACCUUCUCUCUUAAUGUGUGCCUCGAGAAAUGUCUGUGUGCUUUUAUAUUAGAAACUGGAAAAAGGAAGCAAGCAUUGGCCAUAACGAUGAGAGAUGCAUUUCCGGAGCGCAGUGAUAUUCCUGAAGAUAGCUCAUUUUGUUCGAUCUUCCCCAGAGUUUUGCUUGACGACGUAGCGCCAGCAUCACAGUUCAGUCUGUCCGCGCCAGAAGAAGAUUUGUAUGUUUCUGAAUUAGCCAAAGAAGCGCCUGUGCUACUCGAAACCGUCUGGGAUGCAAUUUUCAAACAGUAUGACUUUCGACCACCUGUAAUUUUGCAUGCUGGAGCGGCGACCAGACAACCUUCACUUCAGUCAAUGUCAUGCGAAAAGACGGAGCGUUCAAUGGCUGGAAACUACUGGUGCCCAGAAGCAAAUCCUACACACCCGAUCGAGUUAAACAAUUACAUGCAGGACUGCACAGCUAAUAGCGCCGAUGGCCAGCCAUCAAUUCCGGAAGGGCAUUAUGUGACACCGACUACUGUAAGUAACGGUAACGAGUGUGCUGGUCGCAACCAAAACAGAACUCGCAAUGGUAGACAACCCCACACAUGCAGUUAUUGCGGCAAAAUCUUGCCUUUUGCUUCACGACUGAAGGAGCACUUGAAGAAGCACACUGGAGAGAAGACAUACAACUGUAAGCAGUGCGAUAAAUGGUUCGGGAAUAUGGCACAUUUACGGAGGCAUUUUACAAUUCACACCGGUGAAAAGCCGUACAAAUGCAGCCGUUGCAGUUCGAGAUUCGGUCAGAAAGCUCAGCUGGAUGUGCACAUGCGAAUUCAUACUGGCGAGAAGCCAUACGUUUGCGAGCACUGCGAUAAAAGCUAUCUGAUAUUCCUUUAUGUUAUCUUUUUCCGACAAAUUCGAUUUGGCAUCUCCGAAGAUGCAAUGUUUUCGCGUUUCAGCAUUUAUCAAAAAAAAGACAUGCCAAAAAUAGCAUAA